UGUUGUGACGUUGACAUGAAAAUAUUUGUUUGUAGCGACGCGACGCGAGAGAAGCGAAAAGAUCCGGACUCGGGACCACAGGCCGCGCACGGGGACUGUUCUGUCGGCGUGGACGCGGCGGAGAUGUCCGUGUCCGUGGACAUGGAGGAGCUGAAGCACCAGAUCAUGAUAAACCAGUUCUGUCUGACCGCGGGCUGCGCUGCGGACCAGGCGCGGCAGCUGCUCCAGGCGGCGCACUGGCAGUUCGAGACGGCGCUUAGUUCAUUUUUCCAAGAAACAAACAUCCCGAGUCCCCAUCAGAUGUUGCCGAGGAACACUCCCGCGACUCCGCCCAGUUUCCCCGACGCCAUGGCGAUGUUCUCGAACCUGCGGGCGUCGGAGUGCGGCUCGCCCCCGCCCCUGCCGCCGGCCCCGCCCCCCUCCUCCUCCUCCGCCGCCGCCCACCUGCACGCCCCGCCGCACCUCCACGCUCUCUGCUGCCAGCCCCAGUGGCCGCCCGUGUCGCAGCCCGGCGCCGCCGCGCAGCAGCCUGUGCCCGGGCAGAGAUGAGGCGCGGCGCCCCCCGCUGGUACGAACUGGGACUACACUAACACUGAAGCAGAGGAUCGUGGGAGGAGGCGACGGCGGCGGCGUUUUUCUGGACUUGGAUUUUGAAUAUAUUAUGGAUGCAUCGAUGGAACCGGCAGAGAUAUGACGGCGCCUCCUCGUGGACGUUUGCAGUACUGCGAUAAAAAGUUUCCUUGUAACGCAGAAGAGCGAAAAGACUUGAGUUAUUGACGCCUCAAACUGGAGAAUUAUCGUUUUUAAACUUCGCACAGGUGUUCUACCCACGUUUUCUAGAGUGCGUUUAAUUUUGUAAAAGCUGCCCCGAUUGGUUGAAGCGGCAUUUUUUUUCUGAACAGUAAUCAAAAGCAUCUUAAAGUUUUGUAACGGACAUUUUUACAGUGAAGUCUGGGGAGCUCCGAUUGGUCGUCGUAUUUUAACGUAAACACAGUACAAGUCCGACGCUGCAUUCGCUUGUCCGUCCGUCCUCACGUUCACGUUUCAGCCGUUUUAUUACCGUAUUUCCCGCACUAUAGGAGCUCUGGAUUAUAAGGCGCGCACUUGUUUUUGGAUUAAAUUAAAGGAUUUUAAGCGCGUCCUGUAGUGCGGAAAAUACGGUAUGUUUCACGUGUCCAAACAUAGAUUCGAGGAAAAGGGGCGUGUCGCCAGAUCUCCGCGUCGGACGGAUAAACGAACGAACGCAACAUAAUUAGUUACUCCAUUAUCCAUGAACCGAAAUGUGUGCUUAGAGGUUCGUCCCGCUGUGCAAACCCGUUUAAAGAUGCCGUAAUUUCCAGACUAUAAGCCGCUACCGAACUUUUUUUUUUUUCCUCACGCUUUGAGACGGUGAGACGUUGGCGACGGCGGCGUGACGAACUGACUCGACGCAAAAAGACGGCAAAAGCUUUGAAAAUGUUCGUGAAGACGUGGACACCGGCGGCUUAUAGAUAAUUCCGGACGAUAUAUGAACAGUUUUUUUCUUUUCAAAAUUUAGUUGGUGCGUCUUGUAGUCCGGAAAUUACGGUAAAAUAAUCAGAUUCACAAUACAACUAAAGAUACAACACAUAAGGUAACUUUUCUAGUGCAGGAAAAUUAUCCGCUUGUAUCCAUGAAGAAGUUAUUGCUUCGCCUGAAAUGUUCCGCAGUAUGGCAUUCAUAAUUUCUGUCUAACGUUUAUUUAACUACAGAUUUGUUCGUGUGUAAAAUCCUUCGUUCGUCCAAGUAAAAUCCAUAGCAAACGGAGAAAUUCAACUUGUCAGCUGGACAAAAAUUUAUAAAAUUUUUCUACAGAUUUGUUUAUUUCUCCAAAAAAUCCCUCAAUAAACUCUCCACAGAUCUGAGCCGUAACUUCGCCCGGUCACGCCGUUUACAUCCAGGUUAAUGCCGUACUGUGGGACAUUAUAAGCGAAGUAAUAACAUCUUUAUAGCGACAAACAAGCGGCAAACUUUGCGCGAAAAAAGUUACGUAGUUCACCUUUUAAGCUACACCCUUUUUUUUUUUUAGACCAACAACCAAUUGGCAUCAACCAAUUGAAAAAAAAGCUGGAAUUUUUUAGGAAUAUUAACGAGAAAUUAUUGGAUUUAAGAAAAGAAUCACGGGAGAUUUAUAAACGUUGACGGACGCAGCUACGACGAGACGUUUUGGAUUUAUAUUUUCGCUUCUGAAAAUGGACGAACUGCGAAAAACAACCAUUUUGGAGAUUUAUUUUUGUGUUUUUUUUCUUCAUCGCCUUCUCGUUUAUUUGGAUCCGGCCUCGCAGACUUCCGCCUCGGACAAACCUAAACCAGGGAAGCCACUUCUACCGCCACAGCUGUUACCUCGGCCGUCUUUUUUUACGUUUUACUAACGCUCGACGGACGCGUGUAGUCCGGCGAACGCGCUGCAGCGACUUAAAAGCGUCGUGUUUUUAUUUGGCAUUUAAGUUUGGACGUCUUUCACUGCAGUUCGUCUGUUUUUUAUCGUAUUUUUUAAAGCAAUAACCAGUUUGUAGAGAGAUCGAGAUGUUGGUGCGGUUCGCCGUUGGAAAAAUUCACGUUAAAACUGAAAUUUAAAUCAAGCGAAAACUGCGAAAAUCAAGGCGUACGGUGCAAUUGCGUUGUUUUUUUUUUUUAACAAGAAUAAGAAGUUGGGUUUUGUUUUUUGUUUCGUCUCGGGAGCAGUACCGCAAGUGUCCACGAGGGGGCAGCACUACGCGGGUUUAGGGUUCUUUCUGAUGUCACUGUACCUCACUGGGAGAGCGUGUUGUUCGGGAGCGACGAAUGGGGACGUUUUUGUGUUGUUCGUACUUUUCUUAUCGUUCGUCACUGGAGCCAUUUUAGUUUGUUUCAGGAAAUUUCUCUUUAAGAAUAAUAAAGCCAUUUGUUGGACGUUUUUUUUUGGAAA